AUGAGCGUAAGAAGCUGUAGCACUCCCGCUGACCCAAAAAGCCGACCCCUGCAGCAAUCAACCGAAGUCGGGUUCUUACAGCUCCCAUAUUUUUGCGACAAUCACAUCUACCAUGGACUCUGCCCAGUCUCAGAGGAUUGCCUAGAUGAUGACGAACAACUAAUCGCCUCAUUUGAAAAUGCCAAAAACCGUCUCUAUAAAAUCCAAUCGACCUUAAAGUGUAUCUCAAUUCUUAUCUUCUUUCUAUCUGUUGGCUGUGGAGCUGGGCCCACACUAUUCUCUAAAGGUUCUCGGGAAUGGCAGCUUUUUCAAUGCUUUAUUAUUGUUGGUUGUUGGGUCGGUAUUUUUGCCGUUACCAUCUCAGUUUACGACUGGGCGCAUAUAGUUGCGCGGUGUGAAAAACGGAAGCUACAUGGUAUUGAUGUCUGGAAGAAAAGGAAUAUACUAUCAGAGAGUGCUUGGUGGGACUUUGUGGCUGUGGCCUUUUUGACCGCAUGGUCUGCUGGGUUCGUCUUGGGCGGUUGGUCGUCAAUGUAA